GAAUGAUGGGGUAUUCCAGAGAUCGAAACCUAACUCGUUCUUGCAGGUACUCUUGAGGGGGGGCGUAUUGGAUCAAGAUUUGGUCAAUCCUAUCUAGAGAGAAAGAGAGACAGCUUGAAGAUGGGCUGUCAAAAGUUGGAGAUCACAAUCAUGGAAGUUUUUAGCAAAGCGGGGUGGAACUUUGGGAAGAGAAUCAAGAGCUAGUCCUUUUGGUUUUUAGACUUUUGUUCCAUGUUUUUGUUUCGCUGUCAGUUUCAAGUUGUUGUGGAUGAGAGGUAGCUUAAAUGCUGCAGGGUCUUUUCUUUCUCUCGGUUGUAAGCUUUGGGAGCUCUCAUGGCUCAGACCGGAUUUAUUUCCUUAAUCUAAAAAAAACAAUUCAUCCAUCAGUUGAUGCAUAUGCCUGUCUCCAUCUUACACAUAUAGAACAGUUGCCAAAGAAAAUAACAGAGCCAUACGCACAAAGACUGCCCUCAAUAUCAUUGUUCUUUGAAACCAACAAAGAACUCUGUUUUGCCACAACAAACAGAGUACCCCUGCCCUAUCUGGAGAUCCAAGAGACCCCUGCAAAUCGAGCGGAAAAAACCUAGCAAGCUGCAAGUCAUGGCGAUGGUUCUUGAUGCUUUGGCAUCCUACAUCCAAAACAUGCUGAUGGAGAUGGCCAAAGAAGAGGUGCAUAUGUUGCUAGGGGUCUCUGAGGAGAUCGACAAGAUGGGUGUCAAGCUUGGAGACCUCAAGAACUUUCUCACCGAUGCCGACCGGAGGAACAUCUCAGACAUAAGCGUGCAGGCAUGGGUAAGACAGCUUCGGGACGCCAUGUAUGAUGUCACCGACAUCCUUGAUCUGUGCCAGCUCAAGGCCAUGGAGCAAGGUCCAAGGCGUGAUGCAGGAUGCUUUAAUCCCUUGCUCCUCUGCAUGAGAAAUCCCCUCCAUGCCCACGACAUCGGCAACCGCAUCAAGAGCCUUAACCGGAGGCUAGAGGAAAUCAAGAAGCGCAGCUUGGACUUCGGCUUCAUCAACCUCGGUUCAUAUGAGGACCCUAGUAGGAGGGUGGCAUCCUCUCGUAUUGGUAGCCGUGAGACAUCUGGGGAGCUUGACGAGUCAAGUUUGGUUGGUGAGAAAAUUGAGGAGGACACAAGAUAUCUGGUGGAGAUGCUGACUGAGGAUCUAACAAAAUAUGACAAUAACAAAAUUAUGGUUUUCGCUAUUGUGGGAGUUGGUGGGAUUGGUAAAACCACUCUGGCCCAGAAGAUAUUCAAUCAUGACAUCAUCCAACGAGAAUUUGGAAAGAAGAUAUGGUUGAGUGUGAACCAGGAUUUUAGUGAGACUAGGCUGCUGCGAAGAGCUAUCAUCGAAGCUGGGGGUGACCACCAAUCUGCUGGAAAUACUAGAGGUGCGCUUGAGCGAGCACUUAAAGAAGCCUUAAAUGGACAAAAGACCAUAUUGGUGAUGGAUGAUGUUUGGAACCAUAAGGCAUGGGAGGAUGUGCUCAGAACUCCCAUGGUCACAGGUUCUCUAACUCACGGUAGCUGUGUCCUCAUCACCACACGACAUGACAUGGUAGCACGAGCGAUGGUGGCACAUGAGCCUUACCACCACAUCGAUAAGCUUGAGCCCAAAGAUGCCUGGUUAUUGCUCAAGAAGCAGGUAGUCGGAAAUGAAAAUGAGGAAGCCCAGAUGGAACUGCUCAAAGAUAUUGGGAUGGAAAUUAUAGAAAAAUGUGAUUGUUUACCUCUUGCGGUCAAAGUAAUGGGCGGUCUCCUGCGCCAAAAAAGGACAUGCCGAGGAGACUGGGAAAAUUUCCGAAAAGAUUCGAUUUGGUCAGUAUCUCAAAUGCCUGAAGAGCUAAACAAUGCAAUAUAUCUUAGCUACGAAGAUUUGAGUCCCAGUUUGAAGCCUUGCUUUCUGCACUACUCCCUCCUUCCCAAGAGCAGAGUGUUCUUCGACUUUGAAAUUGUUGGCAUGUGGAUUAGCGAAGGAUUUAUUCAUGGAACCUCAAGUGACUUAGAAAAAAUGGGAAAAGAGUACUAUGACGAGUUGAUACAGAGGAAUCUUAUUGAGCCAAACAUGAGGUACGCUGAUCAGUGUGCUUGUGACAUGCAUGAUCUUGUCCGCUCAUUUGCUCAAUACAUGGCUAGAAAUGAAGCAUUGGUAGCACAAAACAAGGAAAUUGAUAUUGCUGACAAACUCAAAUCAAAGAAGUUUUUUCGAUUCUCUCUGGAAACAAGAGGAUCAGAAUCAGAUGAUGAGUUAGAGUGGCAUUCAUUACAAACACAAACAUCACUAAGAACACUAUUAUCAGUUGGACAUAUAAAAAUCAAGCCUGGUGAUUCGUUGCUUGCUUUUUCAAAAUUACGGACACUACACGUGGAAGAUGUAAAUUUUGAUGCUUUAGUUGAAUCUUUGAAUCAACUCAAACACUUGAGGUAUUUAUCCAUAGAAGGAACCAAUACAUCUAGGCUGCCAGAAAAUAUUAGUAAGAUGAAAUUCCUGCAUUAUAUUAGCCUUCUUGGUUGUAACAGGCUGGUGAAUCUUCCAAAUUCCAUUGUAACGCUGCAACACUUAAGGUUUCUUAACAUUGUUAAGACAGGAAUAAGCAGCAUACCUAAGGGUUUUCAUGGACUAACCAAUCUGAGGAUUUUAUAUGGGUUUCCAGCUUACAUGGAUAAUGAUUGGUGUAGCCUUGAAGAACUAGGACCUCUCUUCCACCUCACUAGGCUUUAUAUAAGUGGCCUGGAGAAUGUGUCUUCUUCCUCAUUUGCAACAAAAGCCAGGAUUGGUGAAAAGGUGCGGUUGAGCUAUCUGUUGUUGGAUUGCACAAAUAGAAUCGGACAUGAAGGCCAGUUGGUAAAAUAUGAAGAAGGCAUUCAUGAGAAGCAGCAGCUAGAAAUCGAGGAGGUAUUUAAUGAACUCUGCCCUCCGUCUGGCUUAGAAAACCUCGCAAUUAGAUGGUACUUUGGUCACCGGCUCCCUAGGUGGAUGAUGUCGAAAGCAGUUGUGGUCCUUGGGAGCUUGAGGAUUCUAACGAUGGAUAACCUGGCCUGUUGCACGGAGCUUCCAAAUGGCUUGUGUCAGCUCCCCUGCUUGGAACUCCUACAGAUCGAUCAUGCCCCAGCUAUCAAGCGUGUUGGGCCUGAAUUCCUACAACCAAACCAUCACUGGCACAACCAUUCCCAGGUAGGGGUUUCAUUUCCCAGAUUGAGUACGCUGAAUUUUAUUAGACUGGUCGAGUGGGAGGAAUGGGAGUGGAAGGAGCAAGUCAAAGCCUUGCCUAUCAUGGAGAAGCUUACACUCGAGAAGUGCAAGUUGAGGUGCGUGCCUCCUGGCCUUGCCUUCCACGCAAGGGCUUUGAAGAAACUACACAUAUAUGAUGUCAAGCUCCUAAGCUCCUUGGAGAACUUUACUUCUGUUGUUCAGCUAGAGCUGUUUAGAAAUGCUAACCUGGAGAGGAUUAGUAAUCUACCGAAACUGCAGAAGCUCGUCAUCGUCAGGUGCCCAAAGAUGAAGGUAUUGGCGGGCCUGCCUGCACUACAAAGACUCACUCUGGAGGACUAUGAUAUGGAAACAGUCCCUAGAUACCUGCAGGGUGUAAAGCCAAGGCAUUUGCUGCUGCACUGCAGGUUAUCGCUGCUCACUUCCAUAGCAGCAAGGAAAUCUUGCCCAGAGUGGGAGAAGACCAGACAUAUCCAGCAAGUGAAGGCAUAUGCAAAUGAUGCAGGCAUUCUGAGAAAAUUGUACGUGCUAUACACAAGGGAUCCUUUCUGCUUCGAGACAAAUAUAAGCCACUAUGCCAUUGCCAAAGGCCGGAUAGCACGCGCGUGGUUUCCUUACUCAAAAACAUGUCCCAUUGAAGAUGAGUGUCUAGUAGGACGACGUGCGUCUGUGGGCAAACGUCGGCCCCUCUGCCUCCGCUUCAGGUGCAAUGCCUACCGUCAUUUGGUUCCUUGGUUGCGUCAAGUGUGCCUGCACUGCAGUGAAGCCGACGACAUUGCUUCCUCGUCAGAUCAAUGGACCGAAGCUGCAGGGUAUCAGGCUGGUUGGUAUUAUGAGACCAGAUACGGGCGGCUGCAGCGACAACAGGAAACAUCAUCGAGAGUGUAACGUGAAUAAAAUAUCUGCGGUCCCAGCAGUUGAUGCGCUUCCACGCCAGAGAACAAACACGAUUGUACGAGUCCAGCCUUCAGCCUUUCUUACCAACUGCCAGAACAAAACAGGAUUUGGUCUGUUUUUAUUCUGUCCGUUUGCUCUGCUUUCUUUCAUUGGACCUGCCUGAAGGUGGAAUAUCCAUCUCUACUGUUUAUUGGGUACACCAGUGCCUACAUCGAUUCGUUGUAUGCACAACAGCACAGGAAAGGUAAAACAAUUCCUUUUGUUUGCCUUCUGCUGACAUCCGAGCAUCAAUGGCUUGGCUUCCCUUUCUUUGUGUUGUGUAUGCUGCACUAGAAAUAUUCACAUGAUGGAUGCUUCUGGCAAGGGCAUUGAUCAAUAAGAUUUGUUGUUCGCGCAA